AUGUCGACCUGCUGCCCUACGGAUGUGUGCGGGGAGCACAACUCGGCUUUCGAGUCGGAAGAUCAGCCCUGGUCUGUCACUUACACUCCUGUUAAUGAGAAACCUAUCACAUUCCGGAUCUACCGUGGUGAACCGGUCGAAUUCGAGGUCACCUAUAAGGACAAAGAUGAGCUGUACGAGGCGGUGAAGCAAAAACUGAUUGAGAUUGGUGCUCCCGAUGGAAAACUCUACGCCAUCUACUAUCCAAUUGACUAUUCGCUGAUUGAAAACGCUGACGAUCUAGUCUAUGCUAUUCAGCCAGAAAAGCCACUGAAGCUUUUCACUACUGCAGCCGAAGGCGAUGUCACGUCGACAGGCAGCAGCUCCGAUUCCUCUCCUGAAGAUGGCGGAUCAACUGGAAGACGUCAUCGGCGACACCGAAGACGUUCCAGCAGACAUCACCGACCCAAGCAUUGUCCCACGUACUACUCAAGUUUCCCAUGUAUGUCCCAGUUUUCUCCCAAUCAGCACUACGGUUGUAGAGGCGGUUUUUGCCACUAUGGGCCUCCUCCUUGCCAUAUGAGCCAAUGGGGCCAUUGCUAUUGCUGA